CAACCUCUUCACCUGGAAUCAGUUCUAGGGCUGCCUCUGCUGCUGAUGCCCAGUGUGUUGGGGCAAGCUUGUUAGCAUGCAAGAACGAUGAGUCCGUACCAAAAGGGCAACGCUCAUGGCUAGUGAUGUAGCCAUAAGAGAUAAUUCAACGUUGGUGGCUGCUGAUGUAUCUGUACAAGAAAGGGUGACAUUGGUAGCUGGCGAUGCAUCUGCACGCAAGAGUGGGACGCAUAUCGUGAAUGAUGCACCCAUACGAAAGAGUGCAACGUUUGUUGUUAGUAGAGCACCCACACGAAAGAGCUCUACAUUUUUGGCAACUUCUGGUAACGGCGCUAGGCCCAGUGCCACAUUUGCUGUCUCUCCUCCAGACUACAGCAUUGUUCAGAUCAAUGAUGGCACCACUGUGGAUGAAAGCAACAGGGAUGCACCUUCAUCAAUGAAAGUUCACUCCUCAGCAACCCGCGUUCGUUCGGUAAAGCAUUCCACUGCAGCUGUACACCAACCAGAAAACAGUUGCAGCAACCAAGGUGCUACCGUUUCGAGGUCUAGGAAAAGGCUGCAGUUCACGGCAGUCGACUUGCAGACUUCACAAAGCACCAUGGAAGGUAUGGGCCUCCAUGCCAACGGUUGUGCAGAAAAUGGUCAUGAAAACAUGCCAGCUGUGCCUGUCGCAAGCAAGGGGCUUUUUGACGUGUCCCGCAUUCAGGCUCUUCCCAACCCCGGGGAGACCUCAAGUCAUCAGCUGCACGCUACGUCAUGUAGGGUCCUGCAGCGUUCCACUGGAUCUCGUGUUGAUGACGGGGACAUGCUUACGGACGUCCCAGAGCCAUUUCUUGUCGGUAACAACUCAACAACAUCCUCCUCUGCAGACAGCCAGCAUCCCUCCAGGAGCUUCGAGACUGCCAGCCAACAGACAUGCCACACGGAAAAUAGCAAGCCCACCGGAGCAGUAUUGAAAUCUCCCGAUGCCAACGUCUGCAUCCCAAUCAACAUGUUUUACUCUUCUUCCUCGAAGAAGCGGAGCAAAUUGCCAAGUACGCCUUCUGCGAGGUCGUCGGAGAAGUGCAGGUCAACGGCAAAGAAGAGGCGACCGAAGCAGGCAGCUGCAAAAGGCAGCGGCUCCAAGCGCCAUAUUUGCUCUCCCGUGCCGACCAGCACAAAGCGGCGGAGACCGUUGCAAUUGCAAAAUACAAACAGUAAGGCCGAGUCAGUGCGCAAGGCAGCUGUCAGUGCCACGAGCGCUUCAAAGACUCGACAAAGAAUUGAACGAACUGGAAGCUCAGUAAUGGACAUCCUACGAUCAGUCUUUUCGUACCAACCAAAACUGCGAAGCCUGCCUCCAUCUCCGGUGGCCAGCUCGACUCCCACAAACGCGUCGAGUCCUCCAGUAGAGUUGCCAGACAGCUCAGUGUUACUAGAGGAGUUUAACGUGCCUGACGACUUGAGCCCCCAGUCUACCCUGAAAGCCUUGGAUGCUGUGCAGGCACGGAUCACUCGGAGAUUGGGCGAAAUAGCAGGCUCCCGUGCUGAAGGAAAUCCAUCGUCAUCAGUUAAGGACUGCGUGGUCGCGGAUAUCCCUCCCUAUGAACUUUCGGACCCACAGCUGGACCUGACGGCCAACAUCGACAUCCUUGGCAUUAUCGACCGCCUCGAUGACACGAACAUCAGGGAGACCCUCUACUGGAGCUUCUACAACAUUCCUGAGGAGACACGCAAACACUGGGAGCUGUACGAAUGCGUCCUGGAAGCCGACAGAGCAGCUUUUGGUUUCAUCAAAGGUCGUGUCAAGCUACUGGUAUGGCUGGGGGACUAUGUCAAGCUACCCAACUCGGGCGACAGGCUCACCCUCGCCCGAGCGGCUGCGAGCGGUGAGGUUCGCCAUCGUGCCAAGGUCAUCACGAGGCUGCGUUAUAAGGUUACAUGCAGGUGCAAAGCUCAGUUCAACCAGUACAUUUUGCAGCGCCUUCAGGAUGAGCAUAAGGCGGACGAACUACUCAAGAAGUACCCCACCACGGACUGCCUAGGAAAGCUGCUGGAAGAGCUGGGAAGGUUCAUAGUGCGCUACCGUCCGCUUUCUCGGGACAUUGCCAUCAUUGCGUCGGACCAUCGCCACACCUUCCGGCAUCCAGUGCUUUCGUACCAGAUCGUUGCCCCAAGUCGCUUAAUCUGGUUCCAUCCUUGACCUCCCAAUCGACGUAGACGUGUACCCGAAUGCAGUGAUUGUGCCAUCGAUGCGUCCUUACUCGGACGAGUACAGCGUCAUCACAACCGAGAAGCUACGCCGGAUCACCGCUCGCGUCCAGCCCGGUCCCGAAUACAUCGUUCGAUUGGUUGACGAGAUUGACGACUUUCUCAAGAAGUAGCUGGAUAGUGGAAAGUAAAGCUACCAGACUUGCGCAGACUUUCAAGCUAGAUCAGAGUAGUCUCCUGAUGGUAUGUCUGUUGACUCUCCUUUGCCUGCGCGACUUGCAAGUUCUGGUUGAAUUGUGAACAAGCCAGAGCUGGAGGUCUGUUUGUGCUUAUUCCUUAAGCUAUUUAUUAUUUGAAGCAACCACAGGAGUAUCAACCAAUGGAGUUGCUUCAAUUUUUGAAAUCAUUUGACUUAUACAGUGAAAGAUUGUAUAUGAGUACUUCUAUCCUUAACCAUGUGUGUUGUUUAUUUCUAAUGAGACUCCACAGGCAUGUUUUAUCUUGUAUGUCUGUGCUUUCUUUUUAAUCAUGUGAUUUUAGCUAAAGUACAAUGCUAAAUGUUUCCAAUAAAGAGGCUAAUGUUUCGUAUAGUGGCCUCUGGUUUCUUUAGAUAUUUCUUGGCAAUUGUGAAUGUGCAGGGUCUGCCACUAUUCAGUCUUUAUCCACGCCUGUUGUUCCAAGCAAUCCUCAAAACCUUGUCAAUGAAACCAGAUGUGUAGUUUUUACCAUGUCUGUAUGAAGUGCAAACUAAUGUUCCUGCUGUAUAUUAAAUGCUUAUGUUACACACUGU